CGAUCUGUGUUAGCUUGCAAAGAUGUCCAUAGGCGUCCGUCGCUUAACAGUGCUGGGCGAGUUCAAGCCAUUUGGCCUCAUUGCCGAAGCUCUCGACGGUAACCCCCCUGACACCGUCACUGACAAGUACGAUUACUUCCUCUUCGAUCCAGAAAUCGCUCGAGAUAGAGACGCCGAAGAUAAUUGCCACGAUAUUGCUUCUGCAUUGAACAAUCGCGGCGAUCACGAGCUUUUCAUACGAGGGAAUAGGAUUAUAUGGUCGACAGGUGCAAGAGUCUUUAAGAGGUUUACCUUGCGAUCCCCGAUCGUUAAGGUGUGUUGGUGUCGUCUGGGUCAUACAGCUGAAGCUCUUCUAUGCAUAUUACAAAUUGAUUGUUUGACAAUCUAUAAUACAUCUGGUGAAGUAGGUUCAGUUCCUCUUCCUCGUACAAUUGCAUCUAUAUGGCCUUUUCCAUUUGGUCUGUUACUCCAGCAGGAUGUUGAAGCAAAUGUACCAUCACGUGUUCCUUUUUCUUCUACAAGCCCUUUGCUUAGUACACGUGAUAUGUUGCUUAGUGCAUCUAAUCAUAUCCAAAAGGGGGAGGGAGCUUUAUUAUCAUCUCAUCUGAUCCUGAUGGAUCCACUGGACGAACAACGACCAAUUUUUAUUGAAGAAAGAGGGAAAUUGAACAUGAUGAAGGAAUAUGAUGAAAAGACAAUUUGGACAAGUGAUCAGGUCCCGCUUAUGGCAUCCUACAAUAAAGGAAAGAUGCAGCACUCUUUGUGGGUAGCAGAAAUCAUCAAUUCCAACUUCGAUGGGGCAGCCUCUGGUUUAUUAAAUGUAGACCCCAUGGGUGUAUUGCCAAAACAUUUGUCUUUUCGUAGAAUAUGGCAGGGAAAAGGUGCUCAGACAGCUGCUUGUAAGGUCUUUAUGGCCACUGACGAUGAUGCAGCUCCUGUUGUCUGCUUUCUUCACCCAGAACAAAGAAAGUUGUUGUCUGUUAGGCUUCAGAGUGUUGAAAUAAAUAAUGAGAUUGUAUUUGAGGUUAAACCUGAUAUGAGCUGGGUCACAGCUGCUGUUGCAGCUUCACCUGUGGCAGCAACUUGCCCAAGGGUCAAAGUUGGACUACUUCCAUAUUCAGACAUAAUGGUUUUGGCUCCAGAAAAUGUUCUGCUUCUCUAUUCUGGGAAGCAAUGUCUGUGUAGAUAUGUGCUACCGUCUUGCUUAAAUAAAGACCAUGUUUUGCAUGAUUUGGAGCUUCCAGAAACAUCUCAUUCCAAUGACUUAAAGAUAACUGGCUUGGCUGAUGCUGUUGAGGGGCGUGUCAAUGUGAUAGUAAAUAAUAAGCAGAUGUUUAGAUGUACAUUACCGCAAAGUCCUUCAUCAUUAUUAGCUAAAGAUUGCAUCACAGCACUUGCUGAGGGGCUUGGUUCUAGUUUCUACAGACAUUUUCUUGGUCUUCUCUGGAAACAUGAUGACCCUGCUCAUUUGUCAGAAGCUGAUUCUAGUGUUGUUUCAGAAUGGGGCUCUUUUUGUUCUGUAAUUAUGAAAAUCUGCAGAAACAACAUUAUAUCUCAAAAGUGUUUUGGUUCAGUGCCACAUUCGGCUUGGAACUUCCUUACCAGCAGCAAAUUUCAUAAUAACUUCUGCAAAGUAAAUUCAAUGUUCGGAAUAUCUUGUGCAGUGCCACUUGAUCAGCGGGAAUCAAGUUUCCCUAGGUCUUUUAUGGAUGGUACAGAAUGUUCUGAAAAGCCAUUUUAUACAGAACUAUUAAUAGAAAGUCUGGAAUCUCUUCAUGCACUCUACGAGAGCCUGAAAAUGGAUAGUCUGCGCAAAAGGGACUUAGAGCUUCUAGCAACUCUCUUGUGCAACAUUGCUGAAUUUCUGGGUGAGGACAACUACAUGGACCAUUAUAUUCGUGAUUUCCCUGGCCUCUGUAAAAAAUUUCGGAUGUCUGGAACUGCCAUUUCCCUUAAAAUUUCUCCAAGUUUAUUCAGAUGGCUUGAGGACAGUUUGCAACAUGGAUGUAGUUAUGCUAAUAUGAGUGAUCUUCCAUCUUUAGUCCGCAAAGAUGGAAGUUCUGUGGUUAGCUUGGCACGGAAAAUUGUUUGCUUUUAUAGUAUAUUAUCUGGUGCUAAAUUGCUGGGAAAGAAGCUUUCUUCUGGUGUUUACUGUAACAUUGCCACGGGAUCACAUUCUUCAAAGGAGGAGCUUACUGUUUUAGCAAUGGUUGGUGAAAGGUUUGGACUUCAACAGCUGGAUUCACUUCCUUCUGGUGUAUCUCUUCCACUUCGUCAUGCAUUAGAUAAAUCUCGAGAUUCUCCUCCCAAUGACUGGCCAGCAUCUGCUUAUGUCCUUCUUGGUCGACAAGAUUUGGCAAUGUCAACUUUGGUGCGUGAAUGCAAGCAUAGAGAAAUUAAAACACCAACUAAUGUGAAUGUAAUCUCUAUGUCCACACCUUAUAUGCUAAAUCUGCAUCCGGUGACAAUAUCUUCUACUAUUUCUGACGCAAUUGGAUUGGAAGGAACAAAGUUUGAGGAUACAGAUUCAGUUGAUGGGUCUAUGACUGAUGGUAUGGAGCAUAUUUUCAACUCUAGCACCCAGUUGCGAUAUGGUCGUGAUCUGAGAUUGAAUGAGGUUAGACGCCUUUUGUGCUCUUCAAGACCUGUGGCAAUUCAAACAUCUGCUAACCAUAGUGCUUCUGAUCAGGACCUCCAGCAGGCUCAAUUGUGGCACCUUGCACAAAGGACCACUUCACUUCCUCUUGGACGUGGGGCAUUUACCCUCGCAACCAUAUAUACACUAUUAACCGAGGCCGUUACUGUUCCAAAGCUUGUAUUAGCAGGUCGGUUGCCAGCCCAACAGAAUGCAACUGUUAAUCUCGAUCCCAACAUCAGGAACAUACAAGAACUCAGAUCUUGGCCUGAGUUUCAUAAUGCUGUUGCCGCUGGACUUAGAUUAGCCCCCCUUCAGGGAAGAAUGUCAAGAACAUGGAUUGUAUAUAACAAGCCUGAGGAGCCAAAUUCUGUUCAUGCGGGGCUUCUCCUUGCUCUAGGAUUGCAUGGAUAUCUGUGUGUAUUAAGUAUUACUGACAUUUACCAGUAUUUUUCUCAGGAGCAUGAAAGUACUACGGUAGGAGUAAUGCUUGGCCUCGCAGCUUCUUACAGAGGUACUAUGCAACCAGCAAUAUCAAAGUGUCUUUUUGUUCAUAUUCCUUUUCGACAUCCAUUUUCCUAUCCAGAUUUAGAGGUUCCAACCCUGCUUCAGUCGGCAGCUCUAAUGGCUGUGGGGAUUCUAUAUGAAGGUUCAGCUCACCCACAAACACUGCAGGGUGAAAUCGGGCGCAGAUGUGGAGGUGAUAAUGUUCAUGAGCGAGAGGGUCAUGCUGUUUCUGCAGGAUUCGCACUGGGUCUUGUUGCACUGGGACGGGGAGAAGAUACACUUGGUUUCAUCGACACAUUUGUGGAUCGUCUGUUUCUCUACAUUGGUGGCAAAGUGCAUAAUAUGAUGGAUGGGAUAACAGUCAAUAUUGAUGUUACUGCACCUGGAGCCACCAUUGCCCUCGCUUUGAUGUUUUUGAAGACUGAAUCUGAGGCUAUUGUGUCUAGGCUCUCAAUUCCCAAUACAUGUUUUGAUUUGCAAUAUGUGAGGCCUGACUUUAUAAUGCUUCGAGUCAUUGCUCGGAAUUUAAUAAUGUGGAGCAGGGUUCAUCCCUCAAAAGAUUGGGUUUGGUCUCAAAUUCCUGAAAUUGUAAGAUUUCAUGUAGAACGCCUUGGAGGUGAUGGCUAUGAUAUUGACGAUUUGGAUGCUGAGGCAUUUAUGCAGGCCUAUGUUAAUAUAGUAGCUGGAGCUUGUAUAUCUCUUGGACUGGUAUUUGCUGGCACAAGAAAUGAAAAUGCGCAGGAAUUACUUUAUGAAUUUGCUAUAUACUUUCUUAAUGAGAUCAAGCCUGUUUCCCCUACAAGUGGAAAGGUUUUUCCAAAGGGACUGUCUCGCUACAUUGAUCGUGGCACAUUGGAGACAUGCCUUCACCUUAUUGUUCUUUCUCUAUCUGUGGUACCUGUUAUGGCUGGCUCUGGACAUUUACAAACCUUUCGGUUGUUGAGAUUCCUAAGGAGCAGAAAUUGUGCAGAUGGGCAGUCAAGUUAUGGUAUUCAGAUGGCAGUAAGCUUAUCUAUUGGUUUCUUGUUUCUUGGUGGUGGAAUGAGAACAUUUUCAACAAACAACAGUUCCAUUGCUGCUUUGCUCAUUACUCUGUAUCCACGCUUGCCUACUGGUCCGAAUGAUAACAGAUGCCACCUUCAGGCAUUUCGCCAUCUAUAUGUCCUUGCAACAGAGGCACGAUGGAUUCAGACAGUUGAUGUUGACACAGGUCUGCCAGUUUAUGCUCCUCUUGAAGUCACUGUUAGAGAAACUGAGCAUUAUGCAGAAUCAAGCUUUUGUGAGGUCACCCCUUGCCUUCUGCCAGAGCGAGCUAUUGUAAGUCUGAUUUUAAAAACAAUACGUGUUUGUGGGCCUCGCUACUGGCCUCAAGUAAUAGACUUUGCUCCUGAAGAUAAACCUUGGUGGAAUUUUGGGGACAAGAAUAAUCCAUUUAAUUCCGGUAUUCUUUAUAUCAAAAGAAAAGUUGGAGCUUGUUCAUAUGUUGAUGAUCCCAUUGGGUGCCAGUCACUGUUGUCACGGGCAAUGCACAAGGUGUUUGGCCUGACGAGUUUAAAAGCAUAUGAUGCAAUCACCCACAUCCAAAGUGGAUCUGGUUCUAUCACAGUUGAUCAGUUGGUCGGUACCUUCUCAUCUGAUCCUAGUUUGAUUGCUUUCGCACAACUCUGCUGUGACCCCUCCUGGUAUAAUAGAUCUGAUGUUGAUUUCAAGGAAUUUUGCUUGCAAGUAUUAUUUGAGUGUGUGAGCAAGGAUAGACCUGGUCUUUUACAGGUAUAUUUGUCAUUAUACACUACUGUUCAAUUAAUGGUUGAUCAAGUUAGUACGGGUACCAUUGUUUUUGGAGAUUCACUCUCUAUAUCUGGUUUUAAGCUUGCACUGACUUAUAUUGAGGCAUUGAUGACUGGAAAAUUAUCUGCUCCAAAAGGAGGAAUCGUACAGUCAACAUUUGUUGGUUCUCUUAGGAAGCAGGUGGAAGAACUCCUAAAUUGUUCCCAGGAAUUGAAGGAUGAUUUUCACAAAUAUUUGAAAUAUGGGAAAUGGCCCGAUGAGGAAUCCCAAGAUAAACGUUCGAUACUUCUUUCUUGGUUCCUACAGUGGUUUGAUGUACCAGCUUCAUCUGUAAUCAAGACAGCUAUUGAUAGAGUCAAACCUAAGCACAUGUUGUCAUCUUCAGUCCCCUUGUUGCGUCUGUCUUUUCCAAGAACUCAUAUUAAUGUUAUUAACGAGAUAGAUAGAUGUUUGUCAUGA